AUGCUCCACUUGGAGCUCUACCCUCCCAACUUGGUGCCCUACAACACUCCACUUGGAGCUCUACCCUCCCCACUUGGUGCCCUACAACGCUCCACUUGGAGCCCUACCCUCCCCACUUGGUGCCCUACAACACUCCACUUGGAGCUCUACCCUCCCCACUUGGAGCCCUACCCUCCCCACUUGGAGCCCUACAACACUCCACUUGGAGCCCUACCCUCCCCACUUGGAGCCCUACAACACUCCACUUGGAGCUCUACCCUCCCCACUUUGAGCCCUACAACACUCCACUUGGAGCUCUACCCUCCCCACUUGGUGCCCUACAACGCUCCACUUGGAGCCCUACCCUCCCCACUUGGAGCCCUACAACACUCCACUUGGAGCCCUACCCUCCCCACUUGGAGCCCUACAACACUCCACUUGGAGCCCUACCCUCCCCACUUUGAGCCCUACAACACUCCACUUGGAGCCCUACCCUCCCCACUUGGUGCCCUACAACACUCCACUUGGAGCUCUACCCUCCCCACUUGGUGCCCUACCCUCCCCACUUGGAGCCCUACAACACUCCACUUGGAGCCCUACCCUCCCAACUUGGAGCCCUACAACACUCCACUUGGAGCUCUACCCUCCCCACUUGGAGCCCUACAACACUCCACUUGGAGCUCUACCCUCCCCACUUGGAGCCCUACAACACUCCACUUGGAGCCCUACCCUCCCCACUUGGAGCCCUACAACACUCCACUUGGAGCUCUACCCUCCCCACUUGGUGCCCUACAACGCUCCACUUGGAGCCCUACCCUCCCCACUUGGUGCCCUACAACACUCCACUUGGAGCUCUACCCUCCCCACUUGGAGCCCUACCCUCCCCACUUGGAGCCCUACAACACUCCACUUGGAGCCCUACCCUCCCCACUUGGAGCCCUACCCUCUCCACUUGGAGCUCUACCCUCUCCACUCUGA